AUGUACCGUGGGGCUGCUUACAAUAUAUGUAAUCUGAAGUACAGAAUUACAUGGAAAGUGCCUGUGGUCUUCCACAACCUGAGAGGUUACGAUAGUCAUCUGAUUAUGCAGGAAAUUGGUAAGUUUAAGAUGAACAUCAACGUUAUUCCAAAUAAUAUGGAAAAAUACAUCUCAUUCUCACUGGGUAAGAAUCUGGUCUUCAUAGACUCUAUACAGUUCAUGGCUUCUUCACUGGAAGCACUGGUAAGUAACCUUUCACCUGAGGACUUCAGGAUAGUAGGUAAGAGGUGGAAGGGUGAGGACUUUAACCUAGUAACACAAAAAGGAGUGUUUCCAUAUGAGUUCCUCGAUAAUAUUAGCAAACUCAAUACAGAAGGUCUUCCGAGUAAGGAUAAGUUCUACUCAUCACUGUAUGAGUCAGAGGUGAAGGAAGAAGAUUACCAAAGAGCUCAAAAGGUAUGA